UUCGGCAGUGUCAAUAAAGUUGCAGCGGUUUGACUUUGCAGCGAACAACAUGGCGACCUCCAUGCUGGGCUCACUGCUUCGGACCGUCCGGCAGAUGGUUCCUUCAUCAGCUUCAGGCCAAGUUCGAGGCUACUAUGUAGACUGGAGAAUGUUGCGUGAUGUGAAGAGAAGGAAAAUGGCCUAUGAAUAUGCAGAUGAGAGGCUACGGAUUAAUUCGCUUAGGAAGAAUACCAUUUUGCCAAAAUACCUUCAGGAAGUGGCUGAUGAAGAAAUUGCUGCCCUUCCCCGGGAUAGCUGUCCUGUUAGAAUCAGAAAUCGGUGUGUUAUGACGUCCCGUCCACGUGGUGUGAAGCGGCGUUGGAGGCUUAGUCGGAUCGUCUUCCGUCACUUAGCUGACCAUGGGCAGAUGUCUGGGGUCCAGCGAGCAAUGUGGUAAACUGCCUUAACUCCAGAACCUACUGCGCUUGCAGGGAACCAGUUCUGACAAGACAACACUCUUCUAACAGACAAAAACCUAGUUUUAAUAGGAGUCUAGUCUACCUGAUGUCUAGUUAAAUUACUUUUAAAUUUUCAAUGAAGAAACCUGGGUUUCAUUCUGUCAGUGAAUCAUCUUUCCUGUUGGACUAAAUGAAACAUAAGUGUUCCCAAGCAUGAUGCAGAGUAAUAAAAAUAUUUUCUGUGAAAAUA